AUGAUUACGCAUGGCUCUGAUUACAAACUGCUUAAAGAUCUAUCCUUACUCGAUGAUCCUAUUGUACCAAUUUCGCGAUCGGAUAAUCUGGCAUUGCUGAGAAAAGACAUACAAGCAAGUAUACGCAGGGCACACGAUCGCAAUGAAAAACAAUAUAACUUGCGUUCGAAGCCAGUCUCCUUUAAAGAAGGUCAAGAAGUUUACUGCCGCAAUUUCGCUCUUAAAUCCGUAAAAAGCUACUACCAACUGGAAGAUUUGCAAGGAAAAGAAAUAGGCACAUAUCAUGCAAAGGAUAUUCGCAGCUAG